AGUUAUCACUGUGUCGACGGGUCAAAUCAUAUUCUUCAUAUAUUUGUCCGUUUUUCUAUCAAAUGUAAGACUUAUGUUGCCGGACAGGCUCGGAUAGACGAAGCAUUUGUGUCACAUGAGGAGGCGGAGGAGAAGAAGGGGAGGCUAAAAGAGAGAAAUAGGCUUUUUGACAGUAGCUUUAAGCUAGCUUUGGUCAGGUAGGGUAGAGUAAUACAGUUCCAUUAGCCGAGGAUAAGAGAAGGCGUUGUACAGGCUGUUUAUUUGUACGGAACACAACAGAAACAGACAUAUUCACGGUGUGUUUUGUCGUAUAGGCUCUGUCAGCUUGGAACCAGUGGGCAGUAGCUCAAAGUACACAGGGUUACUGAAGAGCAAACGCUGCCGGGAAAUACUCGUCCAAGAAGAGCCUGAAGAAGUGGAAACACAGGCCCAGCUGGACUGCACAGCUCUCCUCUGCCAUGGAAUUCAUUUAGGAAAACUUUCUCAGUCCUGCCUUUUCCAUUGUCUGUUUCCACAACUUCGAAGGACGCUUUGGAAGAGUUGGACUGCAAGAUGAUGAGCUCUGAUGCCAUGCAGCAGAGGUUUAGAAAAACAUGAAGCAGCCAGGGAAGUAACCUCGGUGGAAACCACAGCCUUUUGGUUGGAGGGUGUCGUUCACUGGCACCAUGGCAUCCAAAGAGAGACUGUAUGAGGUCUGGAUGCUCUACUCCACUAAGCGGGACCCAGACUACUUGAAACUAUGGCUGGAGAUUUUCAUCAGCUCCUAUGAGCGAUGCCUGAAUGUGGACUUCGAAAAGCCACCUUCAAGGCCAGAGGAGGUUCCCCCUGUGUUGACCCUUCUCCCAGACAACAUCCUGCAGGUUUUGCGCCACCAGCUGCUCCAGUGUGUCCAAAAAGCCUCUGAUGGCUUGGAGCCUGAGCAGCAAAAUCUGGCACUGCUGCUGCUCAAAUUCCUUAUCAUCAUCUGCAGGAACCUGUCCAAUGUGGAGGAGAUUGGCACUUGCUCUUACAUUAAUCACAUCAUCACUAUGACAACACUCUAUAUUCAGCAGCUGAAAAGUAAGACCAAAGAGAAGGAAAUGGCAGACCAGAGCCAGGCCGAGGAGUUUGUCCGUCAUGCACUGGCUUUCUGUGAGAGCCUCUAUGAUCCUUACCACAAUUGGAGGCAUCGAGCCUGCGGGGAACAGCUGGGUACUGUAGAGAGGAGCAGACAGAAGUAUAAGGCAGCUCCACUCACUGUUGAAUUUGUUCCUUUCUUUUAUCAGUGCUUCCAGGAGAGUGAGCACCUGAAGGAGAGUCUGAAAUGCUGUCUGCUGCACCUGUUUGGAGCCAUAGUUGCUGGUGAUCAGAGGAAUGCUCUACUCGCCAUCUCUCCAGCCACCAUGGAGGUUUUGAUGCGGGUGCUGGCUGACUGCUCCAUGGGGAGCUGCUCCUCAGAUGAGGGUGAAGACUGGGACAGCGAGGCCCCCGACCGUAAAGCGCUGCUAACUUUGGGCUGCCUACGGGAGGUGGUGCAGCGCCUCCUGGCCUCCAGUUCUGACCAACGGCAGGUGGAGAUUGCCUCCGUGCUUGAAAACUACUUCAAACUGCUCAACUCGGACCCGGCUGCUGUUGUUGCUGCACGCCAGCAACAGCAGCAGCAAGUCAAGGGCCGAGUGCCAACACUGGGCAGACACUGGGAGAGUCGAUUUGUGGCACUGCAAGUGAACAUGCUAGACACUAUCAGGGACAUGUUCCUGUGUUCAGACAGGCCAGUUCUACAAGCCAUCUUCCUCAACAGUAACUGCUUUGAGCAUCUGACACGACUGCUGCAGAACAGCAAGCUGGUUAAUGCUAGGUGCACGGCGGCAGACAAGGACCAGAAAGAUAUAACCAACAACAGGUUACUGACAGGAGAGAGGGACACUCAGGUGUUUCAAGGGCGACUUGACUCCCUCGCUGUAGCAACCAUCAAAGCCCUGACAACGGUGAUGCAUAAGUCACCUGCUGCAAAGGAGGUAUUCAAGGAGAGGAUUGGUUACAAUCACUUGUACGAAGUGUUGGUCUCACUGGGACAGCCAUCACGGCAUCUUCUCAAAGAGCUAAUGAACAUGGCAGUGGAGGGUGAACACACCUCAGUGGGGCUCCUGGGCAUUAGUAAUGUGGAGCCCCUGCUACUGCUGGUCCAGUGGCUCCCAGAGCUGGACUCAUCAGAGCUGCAGCUUUUUACUGCAGACUGGCUUCGCCGCCUCAGCUGCCUCAACCGCCAGACUCGUGCCACCUGCGUCAACGCUGCCAUGGUCAUGCGGGCGCUGGCUGCCCUGGAGCGCCAACAGCGGCUUCACCGAGCUUGUGCUGAGAGCCUGUUUGGAUUAGUGGGCUCACUGGGCUCUCAGUCAUUGAGCACCAGGGAACUGCUCGGAUUCCUGCGUCUUCUCAGACCUCCAGAUUCCAGUCAAGGACACCCCUAUGUGGGUCCUGCGCUCAGAGCCCUUCUGACCAUGGUACGCAAGCAAGGCCUGGAAAGUGCCAUGCAGUACUUUGACCUGUCACCCAGCAUGGCAGGUAUCGCAGUCCCAACAGUGCAGCGCUGGCCAGGCUCUGCCUUCAGCUUCCUGGCCUGGUUGUCACUGGAUCAGGACCAGUUGGGCUCACCCAGCAAGGACAAACGGAAGCAGCUCUACAGCUUUUUUACUCCCGGGGGGACUGGGUUUGAAGCCUUCAUCAGCUCAGCUGGUGUCCUGGUUAUAGCUGUUUGCACGAAGAAGGAGUACGUCACAGUCAUGCUGCCCGAGUACUGCUUCUGCGACUCUCUCUGGCACAGCAUCGGUGUGGUGCACGUGCCAGGAAAGAGGCCAUUUGGACAGAGUCUUGUCUAUAUUUAUGUGGAUGGACAACAGAAACUGUCUGCUCCUCUCAAGUAUCCCACCAUGACAGAGCCAUUCACCUCCUGCUGCAUCGGCUCAGCGGGCCAUCGAACCACCACUCCCCCACCCUCCCAAAUCCCUGACCCUCCAUUCUCCUCUGCCACCACACCCACAACUCGUUCCUCACUGGGUGGCAUCCUGUCACCACACACCUGGGGAGGACUGCUGGGGGGAAAGCCAGAGUCUGUGACCAAGCUCAUCUCAGCAGGGACCCAGGACAGUGAGUGGGGAAGCCCCACCUCCCUGCAGGGCCAGCUGGGAAGUGUCAUGGUCUUCCACGAACCCCUUCAGCCGAACCAUGUGAAAGCCAUCUGUAGUGCUGGUCCAAAUUGCAUAUCUCCAUUUAAAGCGCAAGAAUCAGAACUUGGGGAUCUUUCAACCAAAUUGCUGCUGCACUAUUCACCCAAGGCGUGUAGGAAUCCCAUCUGUCUGGAUCUGUCGCCCAACAUGCUGCACGGCCGCCUGACGGGGAACAAAGUUGUUAAUUGGGAUAUCAAGGAUAUGAUCAACUGCGUGGGCGGUCUACCAGUGCUGUUUCCUGUACUGGAGCAGUUGGCCUUGGUCACUCCAGAUCAGCAGGCUAGUGAUCCUGCAGCCGGUUCAGAUUUCAUCACCCCUGAUGUUACCACACCAGCUGAUGGAGACUGGGUCAUUCUGCCCUCUAACAGAGCUUCAGAGGCACGCCUGGAGAAGAACUUAGUGGCCACCUUUUUGUUGGUGCUAAAGCAUUUUCUGCAGAGACACCUUAUCAACCAAGAGAAUCUGCUCCACUCACAUGGGGUCGCUACACUGGGAGCCCUGCUGCAGAAGCUCCCGGUGGGUCAUGUGGAUGUCAGUGUGCUUGUUGCUAUGCAGCUCCUGAUCGAGCAGGUGACAUAUGAAAAGAACCAGGCCCUGCUUCAACAGCUUCACACACAUCUGUUGUUCAACUUCAACAUUUGGAACAAAGGAGACUUCCCUUUACGCAUAGGUCACAUCCAGUACAUGUCCACAGUCAUCAAAGACAACAGGAAGCAAUUUAGGAAGAAAUAUGGAGUUCAGUUCCUGCUUGACGCCGUACGUCUUUAUUAUGGGAAGAACAGUAAUAAGGAAAGUGAUCUCAGUGAAGAUGACAUUCGUACGAUCCGUGCCUCUCUCUGUGGCCUCAUUAAAUACUACAUCAGCAAGGGCAUGUCACAGGAGGAGAUGCACAGCAUCCUGGGAUAUAUUGCCGCUAUUGGAGAUGAAGAGCAGCUGUGUGGGCUGCUGGAGUUGUUACUCAGCCUCCUUCAGAGCAGUCCGGCCAGGGACCAGCUCUUCUUACUCCUCUAUGAACCCACUGCUGCUGAUUCCUGCUAUGCUCUCCUCCUCAACAACAAACACUCAGACCGACUCCGAGAGCUCGUCUUUAAGCUGUUUGAGCGCAUGUUACGAUGUGACCGUGUCUAUGAGAAGAAUAAGCAGCGUUUGCGGCUGAGGGAAGCAGGUUACUCAGGCUUAUCGUUGCUCUUCUCUGAACUUCAUAUCACUCCGACUUUGAUCCGAUGUCUGCUCAACCAAGUGCUUCACACAGAUCAGGUGGUGAACUACAAGGACCUGAUGGCUCUUGUCCAGCUCACGCACCGAGCCGGGCCCAGCGUACGCCUUAUCGUCUGCAAAAGGGUGUACCAGCUGCUACAAUCCCAACAGGAUGCUGCUCUCCAGAUUUCAAAGCAGCAGUGUUGGCAGGACACCCUAAUGCGCCUUUAUCUGCGAGGUGAAGGGUCCCUACCGCUGCGUAGCGUAGACACCGUCAGCACCUGCAGCCUGGACCUGAAUCGGUCCGGUGGCAGCAGCACAAACCGUCUCGAGCUGCCGCUGGAGAGGAGGACACGAGCGGGCAGCGCGAGCCGGCUGGACAGGUUGGAGGACGACCGACUCAGCAUCGGUGACACUCGUUCUGUGGACAGUUUGGAGAACGGUGACCUCAUCUCACUGCUGGACACACCAUCUUCAUCUGCCUCCACCGAGCCACAACUCCACACCAAGCCCUGGGUGGUGGGGAAAUCUGGAGGCCUGACACUGGAUCUGUCCCACCUGCAGGCGUAUGAGCCAGGGGAGACUGGCAGCCAGACUCCUGGGAGCAUGCCCAGCACACCAUCCCCACUGGAGACUUGCAAGCCUUUCCCAGGGAGCUCCGGUGAGCGGGAGGCAAGCUCCUCCCUGACUGAAGAUGGCUUCCUCUUUAGUGACAACAUUUCACUGGGGGAGUCCUUCAACAAUGCUGAGCGAGCUGAGGAGGAGCUGUGCAGCAUGCUGCUGGAGAUAGUCCUGUGUGUGAUGUGGCGUGGUGUAGAAGGUUCAGAUGACUCUGCGUGGUUGGAGCGCGGUCAGGUCUUCUCAGCUCUCACCAAACUCGGUACUGCCAAUGAGCUGCUGCUGCCUGUAGACCAAAUCAAACUCAGUUUGAUGGAACGAAUGCUGGAGUGGGCAGUGAGUGACAACCGUGAGGCGUCCGCUGCCACGUUGCCACAGCACACGGAAAACGCGGUGCGACUUCUUCACAUGGUGCAAGACUUCCUGCAGGCAGAAGGCCUCGUCAAUCCAGCUCUGUGGACGGAGAAGGUGCUGGAGGAAACUGUGACGCUGAUGGACAGCCUCAUGGUCUGGUAUUCUGCAGGCACUCAAUGGUUCCAACUCUCCCAAGUUGGGCUGAGGCUGCUGCUGGGCUUCAUGGCCCAGGAGGACCCUGAUGUAUGUGCCAUGGCCACAGCCAAGCUCAAUGGCAUCUUACAGACAAAGGAAGUUUCCAGCCAGGACGAGGCCUGCUACCUGUUAGGAAAGGUAGAGGGCAUCCUACGCCGCUCCAUCCAGGAGCAGACUGAAGAAACAUACUCCUUCCUGGUUCCUCUGCUGCGAACGCUGCUCUCUAAAGUGCACCGUCUCCUCUACAUGGAGCUGCAUCUGCCCCAGCUCCCAGAUACCAACGGCAGCCCGUCGUUCUUUGAGGACUUCCAGCUGUACUGCAAUUCACCAGAGUGGCGCGUCUACCUCGAUAAAUAUAUUAUCCCCUACAUGAAGCAGUAUGAAAUUGAGACAUUCAGCCAGGGUCAUGAGACCAUGGCUCUCUACUGGAAGGAGUGUUAUGAGGCCUUUAUGGUCAAUCUGCAUAAAAGAGAAAGAGAAAGGGGCGAGAGUAAGAUCCGUUUCCAGGAACAAUUUGUAGAGCCUUUCUCACGCCGCGGACGCCAGGAGAACCUGCGCUACAACAGCAUGUUGAAGCUGCAGCAUGGCCAAAACAGUGCCACCCUCAGGCAGUGGAAGGCAGCACGUCGAGGCCUGGUGUGUGAGAGAGGACCCUGGGCCGACAGGCAACAGGAUGAGAUGCAUUGGAGGGUGUCCAGUGCUGAGAACUAUUCCCGCAUGAGGUUAAAGUUGGUCCGUAACUACAACUUUGAUCCUCACCGAGAGGCCAGCGCCCUGCGAGACAAUCUGGGUGUCCAUCAGCAGCGUGUAAACCCAGAAUCUCUGCUGCUGGAGGCUGUGAAGCAAGUCAAAGUCAGUGACCUGGAAGACGACAUCCUGGAGCUGCCAGAGGAAGACGCUGCCACUGCUAAUAACCAGGUUGAGGCAGAGGAAGCAGGGCAGAAAGAGAAGCUGGUGCUGUGGGAGGACUGUGAGCUAGUCACCAUUGUGGACGUGGUUCCUGGUCGACUGGAACUCACCACCCAACAUAUUUACUUCUAUGACAGCAGCCAGGAAAAAGAGGAAGGAGUGGGCCAUGACUUCAAGUGGCCCCUGUCUCAGAUCAGAGAGGUCCACCUACGGCGAUAUAACCUGCGUCGCUCAGCUCUGGAGAUCUUCCUCAUCGACCAAACCAACUAUUUCCUCAACUUCAAGAAGGAGGUGAGAAAUAAGGUCUACAGCCGCAUGUUGUUGCUGCGAUCUCUCAGUCUUUACGGAACCCGAUCACCUCAGGAGCUCCUCAAGGCCUCCGGGCUCACACAGAAAUGGGUGAACCGGGACAUCUCCAACUUUGACUACUUGAUGCAACUCAACACUAUUGCAGGCAGGACAUACAACAACCUGGCUCAGUACCCUGUCUUCCCUUGGAUUCUUGCAGACUACACUUCAGAGGAGCUGGACCUGUCUGAUCCUCGGGUUUUCAGGGAUCUCUCCAAGCCAGUGGCAGUACUUAAUGAACGGAACGCUAAGGCUGUGAGAGAGAAGUAUGAAAGUUUCGAGGAUCCAACAGGAACCAUCGAUAGGUUCCAUUAUGGCACCCACUACUCAAACGCUGCCGGGGUGAUGCACUACCUUAUCAGAGUGGAGCCCUUUACCUCGCUGCACAUCCAGCUGCAGAGUGGACGGUUUGAUUGCGCAGAUCGCCAGUUUCAUUCUAUCCCAGCGACGUGGCAGACCCUCAUGGACAACCCCAACGAUGUCAAGGAGCUGAUCCCAGAAUUCUUUUAUUUCCCAGAGUUCCUUGAAAACCAGAAUGGCUUCGAUCUAGGUCGCCUGCAGAUUUCUAAAGAAAGGGUAAAUGAUGUUGUUCUACCCAAAUGGGCCAAGUCUCCUGAGGAUUUCAUCUACAAGCAUCGCAAAGCCCUGGAGUCAGAAUAUGUGUCGGCCCACCUUCAUGAGUGGAUUGAUCUGAUCUUUGGUUACAAGCAGAAGGGCCCUGCAGCGGUGGAGGCUCUUAACGUCUUCUACUACUGUACCUAUGAAGGGGCUGUGGACCUGGAUGCCAUCACUGAUGAAAAGGAGCGUAAGGCUUUGGAGGGGAUGAUCAGCAACUUUGGACAAACUCCCUGCCAGUUACUAAAGGAGCCACACCCAGUGAGACUCUCCCAGGAGGAAGUGGAAAGGAGGAAAGCUCAGCUCGACUCGUGUCCUCUCAGCAUGUUCGAACACCUCAGCGAUCUCAAGUCUUUCUUUGUCGAGGGCAUCAGUGACAAUGUCCCACUGGUGAAGGCCGUGGUACCCAAGAACCAGUCCCACUCAUUCAUCACACAGGGCAGUCCAGACACAAUGGUGACUGUGAGUCAGAACUGCCUGGUUGGGACCCAUGGAUGGCUUCCUUACAACAAAAACAUCUCCAACUACUUCACCUUCAUCAAAGACCCCACAGUGUCAAACAUUAAGACACAGCGUUUCCUGUCGGGACCCUUCGCACCAGGUGUGGAGGUCACCGCAGGACUGUUUGUGGUUUCACAUGACGGCAAGUUGCUCUUCAGCGGCGGACACUGGGACAACAGCAUUCGGGUUACCUCAUUGGUCAAGGGCAAGACAGUGGGACAGCACAUUAGACACAUGGACAUCGUUACCUGCUUGUCGACAGAUCACUGCGGCAUCCAUCUGAUCUCGGGUUCUAGAGACACAACCUGCAUGGUGUGGCAGGUUCAGCAGCAGGGUGGAGCUCCUGUGGGUCUUUGUCCCAAACCGGUUCAGGUGUUGUAUGGACACACAGACGAGGUGGUCAGCGUCAACAUCAGCACAGAGCUGGACAUGGCGGUGUCUGGAUCCCGGGAUGGGACAGUGAUCAUCCACACAGUUCGUCGGGGUCAGUACAUGCGUUGCUUGCGUCCACCUUGUGACAGUUCCCUGCCACUGUCCAUCCUCCAUCUAGCUGUGUCCUGGGAGGGUCACCUUCUGGUACACACCUGCAUCGAAGGCAAAGCAACACUGAAGGAUAAAAAUGCGCUCCAUCUGUACUCUGUAAACGGGAAGUACCUGUGCAGCGAACCUCUGAAGGAGCAGGUGACAGAUAUGUGUGUUUCAGGAGAGUUUGUGGUUAUCGGCAGUGAGCAGGGAUACCUGUCGAUCCGAGACCUCUACAGCCUGGCUCUGUGUGCUGAACCCAUGGCUAUGCGUGUGCCGGUGCGUUGCGUAUCGGUCACGAAGGAGCAGAGCCACGUCCUGGUGGGCCUGGAGGACGGGAAACUGAUCAUCGUGGGCGUGGGCAAGCCAGCGGAGGUAAAAAACUCGCUGAGGAACUACAUCGCUCAGAGUCUGGAGGGAUCGCCGCUCAUGGCCUCUCCUUUGCUGGCCCCGCUUCGAGCUCGCUCACCCACUCGCCUGCUGCACCAGCGAGACCAGCUGGUGUUUAGCCCCACUUGCAGUUCCCACAAACCCUAGCAGCUCUAGACCUAGUCCCUGCCUCUCCCUCCUACUGCUGUAGAUCUGCAAAUGCUGGAGCUACACACAUAACGUACACAAACCUGCUGAUGGAUAAAUACAUUCAAAUUUGUUUGGCCUCAAUGUCCUUAAAGAUCGAAACCUACAGUCGCGUCUCCUUCUCAGGGAUGGUCGUCACCCUCGGUCAGUCAUUAGGCUUAACUCAUCGCUUAUCAAAUACAACACCUGAGCCAUUCAGAUUUCACACAUUCCUUCAGCAGACACACAAAACUACAACUGUGAUAUAGAAAAUACAUAUUGUGCUUUUACCUCAUUGUGUUUUUUUUUAUAUAUAUAUAUAUAUAUAUUGGCAUCUGUGCCAUAUUUGACUUGAUUUGCCAAUGACAUGGGACGUGGACGACUCCAUCCCAUAAUAUUAACCUGAAGUGUCAUUGUUUUACCUGUAUGCUUAGGAAUUCUAACAAAUAUGCUGUGAAACAAAACCUAACACUAAAUAACGCUUCUGCAAACUCAAGCCAUAACACUAGUGUAGCUACAAUCAAAUGAUGCAAACUAAUAAAUGUGCCAGAUAGAGUUUCGUGUUUUAAUAAUGUAAAUAGUACACGUGUAGUACAGGUGACCCCCCCCCCCCGAAAUUGAACUGAAUCAUUGCACCUUUCUGCUUCUCAUCUUCUCUGUAUAAAUUGACUCACAGCAAAGUGAAUCAAGCUCGAUUUUCUUUUUUUGUUAAAUUUCAUCAUCAGCUUUAUAUGGAAGCGCAUUGCCUUCACUAAAGAAAAAUAUUAUACACCUUAUCUCCUAAUUAAAAGAUCCCGAGCCUUUAAUUCUGAGAAAAAAUCCCAGAAUUAUGAGAAAAGUUGAGCCUAUUUAUCAUAUGACGCAAUUAUUCCAAAUAGAUGAUGAAUAGUACCUUAAUUGGAUUUCAGUGCAUGAAUAUUUGUAUGUGAAAUUCAUCAUUUUUGUUGAAUAUAUCCCAGGUUAUGGGAUGGUAAUAGGCUUAACUUUUCUGAAAAUUACAAGAUCAGGUGUCUAAUCUUUUCUCUUCAGUCAAUGCAAUCGUCUUCUGUCGCUUCACGAGUAAUCAAGCUCCAAUGAACUAAUCAAUCACUCAUGAAUCAUAUCCCUCCUCCUUCCCCUUCUCCUUUUGUUUUCUAUGACUUCACACUUUCUUCCCCACUUUCCCCUCCUCCUCCUCCUCCUCCUCCUCCUCUUCCUCCUCCGCUCUUCUCAGAUGCGUUCAGGCCAGAUUACGCGGAAGCUGUGGGGCUCAAGCAAGAAGCUGACCCAGAUCUCCUCGGGGGAGACGGUGUACAACACCCAGCACGACCAGACCUGACCCACCCCCGUCCCUGAGCCCUAAACCCUCCCCUCCACCACAUUCCAGUCACCCAGUCCACCUCCAUGCCUGUCAGUCAUCAAAACAGGUCUCCUUCUCCUCCUCCUUCUCCUCCUCAUAUCUGACUGCUCAUCCACGGUUUCAUGAGUGGUGGACAGUGGUUUCCAUGUGCUGGACAUACAUUAUUAUCACUAAGUCUGCAUGUCCAUGUGUGUGUUCAGGUUUCUGUCUGUGUGUAAAGCUGCUUUGGAUUGACCGUUCGGCGCUGGCGCUGUGCUUUUAAUCCAAAUGUAGCGCCAGCCUCAGCACCCUCACACCACUACCCACCACUCCUAAACACACCACUGCAACUUCUCUCUCAAUCUUCCAGCUAAUCAUUAUCAUUUUGACAUUAAACUACAUCUCCUCAACCAGGAGCCUGUUCACACACAGAGGCACUGUGUAUCCGUCGACCUGCUUGGCUCAGGUUUGACUCGAUCCGCCAGCUAAACGCUCUCCUAGCUCAGGAGCUCUCGAUUGCUGAACUGCUAGCAUGGAUGUUUGUGCGUAUUCCGUGAGCGUGUGUGCGUGGGUGCAUGUUGUAUUGCAGAUGCUUUAUCUCUAAAAUAUCGUUUCAAGUGGCCUUUUUUGUCCCCCCUUCGUUUGUCUUGGUGCAGACAGGCGGGCCUGUGCUCUGUAGGCCGAAGCUUUUCAUGGUUGCCUCAAAGCUGCCACAUAGCAGCCUUAUGCAGUAAGACGGCUCCAUCACCCACAAGACCAAACUCUAGGCCUUUUCUAUACAUUUUUAUAAAUGUGUGUGUGACUUUUCAUGUUUUUUUUGUAAUUGUGAAAGUCUGCGUUGUUGUUUUUACUGAAGGUUUUUUUUUGUUUGUUUGUUUGUUUUGCGUUGUGUUUUGACAAAUUUUAUGCUUGUAUCCGGCAAUUUCGGUUCAUAUGCAUGGGGUUGUCGGUCCAUUUUGAGAUUAAGUAGCAAACACAAGGGUGGAAAAGUCGUUUUUUUUUUUUUUUUUUUUUUUUUUGUGAAUUUAUACAUUUAGAUUUUGCUAGGGCUGGAUAUUGUACAGACAUUCACCACCGGGACUGAUACUGAUGUUUGGCUUUGAUAGUGGUUCCUGUACGAUACUUGUUUCAAUAUCAAUUUUGCAUUUUGACACAAAGAAAAAUUGCAUUACUGUAAGUUACAAAUCUUAGUUUCGUAACAUAAAACAAAGUUAUUUUUUCACCACUUAAGUUUCAUAUUUUCUGGCAGUUUUACAGUAAAAAUGAUAAACCUGUUUACAAAGAUAACGUUAUUAAUAAAGUGCGUUCAUUCUGCAUGCAUUGAUGCUCCUUGAUAGUCACUAGCUUCUAAGCAAUUCAGUCAGUGCCAAAAAGUAUCUAAACUUGAUACCCAGCCCUAGAUUAGUCUUGUUUUAUUUGAGAAACUUUUUUUUUUUUUUUUGAUAAUUCUCCCUCUAAGUGAAACACUACAUUCUCAAACACAGCAAGUUCUCACAUGAAGAUGUAUUUAUCAACGUCUCUGCUAAAUAACACUUGGUUCCCCCCCACUUCAUCGAAUGUUUUAAGUUACUUGAAUCCAUGUUUAUUUAUAAGUGAAAGUAGCAGAUUUUUUUUUUUUUCUUCUUUGUUUUAAUCACACUUUGGAUACAGACACCGGUGUGCAUAUUUUAACCUCUUUCUGACUGUUGGGCGUACCUGUAAAAGAAGGAGGAAGAACAUUUCCUUAAGGGCUUUUUGAGAUGUCAGUGUUAACAGCAAUACAGCUCCUUUCGUCGGGUCCCGGUCGACGCUUUCUUCUAGUCUUUCCCACAUCGGUUGCUCAGCUAGCCCCGUUUUCACCAGUCUUCCUCUAGCUUAAAUGGGACAGUAAAUGCACCCAAACCUGCCAUGGGACCCCCUCCUUCCCCCUCGAAAUGCCUUCAGCACUCUCGUACUAUAUCUGCAUCUCAUUCUCCGUACUGCUCAUUACGAUCUGACUGAUUUCAGAGGAGUUUUUGGAUUUUUUUUUUUUUUUUUUGGGCAUCGUCUGCAUGUUUUGGUCAUGUCGACAUGUAUUUUGGUGCGUGAAUGUGGUUUCUGUACUCUGUAAUAUCCAAAUCACAAAAACAUCACAGUUCAAAGCUGUGGAUGUGUGAUUCAUAUUUUUGCACCGGAUCUGUGUGUGUGAGUUGUUUGCAUUAUGUGUGUACAUGUCGAUGAAGCAUGUGUUCAUUUUUUUUUUUUUUUUUUUAUAGCCAAAUUUUAGAUUUUUAUCAUACAUGUUGAUAUGGUGUCUCUGAUUCUGUGAACUAUAUUUUGGCUCUGUCAUGGAUUCAGUAUUGGACACAGGGUUGCUCUAAUGGUUCUUUUUUUUUUCAUGUGAUUUUUGUAUUUAGUUUUUAUUUAAGCAUCAUUGAGAGGUGGAGUGUAAAGACCAAUCUGUGUCCUUGUUUGAGAGAUUUCUGUGAAAGGUGCAUAAAUUCCCAAUGCAUUUUUUUUUUUUUUUUUAAUUCAUUCAUGUUAUUCAGAAAGACCGCUGUUAAGUUUAAGUUGUUAAACUGACUUCCACAACUGCAAUAGAGUGCCUUUAUCUCAGCGUGGUGUUAAUAAUGAACUAGAUUGGUAUUAUCCAAGCUUAUCAUCCCUGACCUUACAAUGAAUAAAAAGAAAACAGCAUUCCAGAUGUAAAACCUUCACAGUUUCAACGGGAACCAAGAAUAUAUGACUAUAAAUUGAAAUCAAGAAGUACUAUUUUGUGUCUUAGCAACAUUCUCUGUGAUUGUCACCAAAUGGAUGUGUGUAUAUCUGUGAUUAUUUAUGAAUACAGUAUAUAAUGUACAGCAUGAUUUUUAUUUUGGCGUAUUUGAAAUGUACUUUUGCACUUUCCAGGUACUAAAUUGUAACAAAUUGUUUUAACUUGGCUCCCUAAUCUGUACAAACUGCUUUGUAUACACAAGUAGAAGAUGAUCAUUAAAGUCUUGUCUAAAUUUA